ACGGAAAUCGGAUUCAGUCCUCCCAAACGUGGGGCUUGACGCUUGAGACUUGAGAGAGAACGUUGGUUGUGCCACACAAAUCUCAAUCAUCUGUCCGUUCAUUGAGCAUCCAUAAUAGAAAAGCUCGUAUCUACGACAGAAGAUCUUACAUCCAUUGAUACCACCUAUUUUAAGACGGUGUCCCACGAGAUACCAAAAUCUUCAGUCUUCACUGCAUGUUUCCUUCCUCAAAUUUCGCGGGGAAACAUCAGCUCCCUCCCUCUACUGUGUCUCUGUUCUGUACACGCACACGCACACGCGCCCGCGUCAGUGUGCGGGAGGCAAAUGUCCGGUGCGUUAGAUAGAGGACAGUGGCAAUGGGAGAACGCGACGGCAGGUGCUGUUGCUGGAUUCGCCACUGUAGCUGCUCUGUAUCCCCUCGACGUCGUCCGUACAAGGUUUCAAGUUAACGAUGGCCAAGUCACCGGACUGCCACUAUACAAGAAUACUGGACAUGCAAUCUUCACGAUAGCUCGAACGGAGGGGUUGAAGGGGCUCUAUGCAGGUUUCUACCCAGCGGUUCUUGGCUCAACCGUUUCUUGGGGUUUAUAUUUCCUCUUUUAUAAUAAUGCUAAACAGAGGUACUCUAAAGGCAGUGGGGAGAAGCUUAGUGCUGGUCUUCAUCUUGUUUCAGCUGCAGAAGCAGGUGCUUUGGUCUGUUUAUGCACAAAUCCAAUUUGGCUUGUUAAAACAAGGUUGCAACUUCAGAAUCCUCUUCACCAAACUCGACCAUAUUCUGGGUUUCAUGAUGCUUUAAGAACCAUACUGAAAGAAGAAGGAUGGCGUGCACUUUACAAGGGACUUGGGCCUGGCCUUUUGCUUCAGGUUUCUCAUGGUGCCAUUCAGUUUACUGCUUAUGAGGAGCUUCGUAAAGCUGUUAUUAAUUUUAAGAGUAAAGGAGGAACAAAGAAACAUGCCACUGGUGAUAAAUUGUUGAACUCAGUUGAUUAUGCUGUUCUGGGGGCAUCAUCUAAACUUGCUGCCAUUCUUCUGACAUACCCAUAUCUGGUCAUUCGAGCACGACUACAGCAACGCCCUAGCAAUGCUGGAAUUCCUAGAUAUCUUGAUAGCUGGCAUGUUGUAAAGGAAACUGUACGGUUUGAGGGGCUACGUGGGUUUUACAAGGGUAUCACAUCGCAUCUACUUAAAAACGUCCCUGCUUCCUCUAUAACAUUUGUUGUUUACGAGAAUGUCCUUAACCUACUAAGACCGUCAAGAGAGAACAAGUGAAAAGCUCUUUUUCUGUAUUCCUCACUAAAAAAUUUUGGUAGUAGUUGCAGAUUAUAAUAUCUAAUUAUUUAUCAAGAAAAAUUAAUUGAUAUCUUAAUAUAUUA